AUGGGUACUCCAUCUGCUAUUGAGGAGGCUGCCCAGGUGACCACCUUUGAUGAAAAUGAUCUAUCUUAUAAGAAAGAAGAACGCACUCUGCUAUGGAAGUUGGAUCUUUUCAUCCUCACUUGGGCUUGUUUUGGAUACUUCCUCCGAAUCCUGGAUACAUCUAACAUGUCCAACGCCUAUGUCAGCGGCUUAAAAGAAGACUUGAAUGUUCAUGGAAAUGAAUACAACCUAUUCUCUACUCUAUGGACCUGUGGUUACAUUAUCGGACAGAUUCCUUCUCAACUGAUCAUUACCAAGAUCCGGCCAUCUAUUUGGAUUCCCUGCUCUGAAGUCCUGUGGGUGAUUUUCACCUUCUGUUUCGCGGCUGUCAAGAGUGUACGGAGUGUGUAUGCGCUUCGGUUCUUGAUUGGAUUAGCUGAAAGUCCUUUCUAUGUCGGUGCAAUGACAAUGUUGGGCAAUUGGUACACACCUAAAGAGCUGGGUAAGCGCGCCACUAUCUUCUACUCUGCCUCCUUUGCAGCCAACAUGUUUUCUGGAUACCUCCAGGCUGGCGUCUACAAUGGACUCGACGGAGCUAACAGCCUGGCUGGCUGGCGCUGGCUGUUUAUCAUGUGCGGUAUCAUCUCUGUGCCAGGUGCUGCAUGGGGCUUCUUUGCAGUUCCAGACUCCCCAUACGACACCAAAGCUCGCUGGCUGUCGAAGAAGCAGAUUGAGCUGGCUCAGUCACGAAUGGUCAGAGUAGACCGCAAGCCUUUCGAGGGUGUCAGUUUCAAUGUCUUGAAAAGGCUUCUGAAGGAUUUUGCUGCCUACCCAAUCAUUCUUGCAUACAUUUUCUUCUGUGUUGAUACUAUUCCCCUUGGAUACUUCGCUAUCUGGCUCAAGUCCCUCAAAAUAUAUUCCGUGGAGAGAAUCAAUGUGAUUCCUACCGGUGGCUACGCAAUCGGAUUCGUCACAACAAUCUUCUGGGGCUGGCUCAGUGAUAGACUCGGCCGAAGACUUGAGAUCGCAGCCACCUGCUCAGUACUAGCUUUCUUGAGCUGCCUGCUCUUGUCUAUCGCAUCUUCACGCAGUAUCAUCUACGCCGGAUACUUCCUGAAUGCCACCCACUGGGCCUUUGGUCCGAUUACUCUAUCCUGGGUCAACGAACGAUAUGGUGAUCAGCCAGAUGUGCGUGCCCUUCUUAUCGGCACCUGCCAGACGCUGGGUGCGACAACCCAGGCCUGGCUUCCGGUUGUGAUCUUCGAUGUUGGAAAAUAUUCUCCGCUGUUCCGAUAUGGUUAUAUCACCUCUACUGUUGUUGCCGGUGUUCAAUUUUUGCUUAUUGUUCUCAUCAUCCUAUAUGUCACCAGGUUUGGUGCCGGACGGAAAUCAUCCAAUGAGCAGAUUGAGGAGAGUGCCUCGGCUUAG